GCGAUGACGCCGCAUCUACAUCGCCAACAGUAAAGUCUUCUGCUAUGCUUCACUUGGCAGCUUAGCGCUCGCUUCUCGGUGGAAAGAUGCAGGGCUUCCAACGGUGUGACAUGGUCAUCCCGCGCGUGGGGCGCCACAUCUCUCCAGCGAAUCGACGGAUGACCUCAACCUCUCGGCACAGGCCUCGAAGCAGCCCGACUCAGCUUUCCUUGCUUCUUCUGCGCGUCUCCCUCUUGUUGCUGUACAUCACGCGUAGCAUCUCGGGGCCUCGCGGUAUGUAUCCACUGGCCACGCCAUUCAUAUAACCACCCGGAGCUUGUUUUAUCGCUCAGCAUUCCCUUUGCGACGUUAGACGCAGGUAGCCGAAGCUCGCGUUUCUUAUCACAAAGUUCACUGCGGCUCCACAACACCACACACGCAGCCCAACAUGUCGGGUGAGCGUUCGACCUCGACGAAUCCACAGGCGGUGCCAUCGUCGCGAGAAUCUCGACGAAGUUCUCCUGAUACGCAGUCUGUUCGUGCAGGCUCUAUCGCGCGACGGGGCUCGCCCGUUCCUUCCCUACCCAACGGCACACCUGCCGUACGCCAAAUACCAACACCCUCCCAGACCCAGACGGCAAACUCGUCGUCAAUACAGACACCCCUGCCUGGACGCGCAGAUCCGCAGUCGUCGCUGCCCGGCCCAGCCGAGUCGAACCUCUCUUCAGCGCUGAAAGAGUCACUGGGCAAUUCACCCCCACGGUUCGGCACACCUCCGAUACGCCCACUGUCCCCCGCUCAAGACGCGCCUCCUCGUGGCCCGCCUAGCAACUACGGUUCCUUUGACGGCCGCGGUCGCUCUCCUGUGCCGUACGAAGACCCCGAGAUCGUGCGCCGGCAUCUGGUAGGUCAUUAUGCCUCACCAAGCAGGUCAAAUCGUGGAAGAAUAGGCGAUGACGAUGCCCAAUCAACUGGGACGAGGCCCGAGGAAGACGAGGAGCAGUUUUCGAGCCUGCAACUCCAGGGCGGCGACAUCACGCGACAAAUUUACAGGUGGAGCGAGCAGCAGGCGGCGGAAGAGCAGGGCAAGUUGCAGCGUAGCAAGAGCUUCCACGGUUCGCGACGUCGGCCUGAAGACGAAGCACUCGACAUUGACUCCAUUCGCCAGCCUGGUGGUUUCAGACGAAACUACUUGCGCAGAGCCGCUGGGAGUCCCUCACCCGGCCCAGGCCCGUCUGGCUAUGGAACAGUCCGACAGGUGCGUCCGCAGCCGCAGGUUUUUACCAGCAACUUCUUGGAGUUCCUCACGUUAUACGGCCACUUCGCCGGUGAAUCUCUCGAAGAAGAUGACGAGGUGUUAGGACCAGACGAAUACUUCUCCUCUGAUGCUCUGGAUUCCGGCGCGCAGAGCGAAGACGAAGACCGCGAGUAUGGCGAAUCGAGCGCACUACUCACCCCCGGCAAGCGAAGAAAGCGCAAAGCGAAGAAGACGGGCACUGGUAGCCCCACAGGUGCAGCCAUGCUGCUCCUCAAGUCGUUUGUUGGCACAGGUGUCUUGUUCCUGCCCCGAGCCUUCCUCAACGGCGGUAUGCUGUUUUCCAAUAUGGUACUCCUCGGUGUCGCGGGUCUCUCAUAUGCCUGCUUUGUCUUGCUUGUCUCUACCCGUCUUGUGGUAGAGCACUCAUUCGGUGACAUGGGUUUUCAUCUCUACGGAAACUGGAUGCGCAACAUGAUCAACUCUUCGCUUGUCAUAUCGCAGAUAGGCUUCUCUUCUGCCUACAUCGUCUUUGUGUCUGAGAACCUGCAAGCCUUCGUCCUUGCGGUUUCCAACUGCAAGACCUUCAUCGACAUCAAGUACAUGAUCAUGAUGCAGAUGGUCAUCUUCUUGCCCUUGUCGCUCUACCGCAACAUCAACAACAUUCAAAAGCUUGCAUUGGUGGCUGAUCUCUUCAUCCUCAUGGGUCUUGUAUAUCUGUACUACUAUGACCUCUUCACCAUCGUCGACCAAGGCGGCGUCUCCGACAUCGUCAACUUCAACGCUAAGGAUUGGACACUCUUCAUCGGUACUGCCAUCUUCACAUUCGAAGGUAUCGGUCUCAUCAUCCCCAUUCAGACCGGUAUGAAAGACCCGAAGAAGUUUCCCAAGGUUCUCGGAGGUGUCAUGAUUAUCAUCACCGUCAUCUUCCUCAGCGCCGGAGCCCUCUCCUACGCAGCGUUUGGAUCCAAGACGAAGACUGUGGUACUUCUCAACAUGCCUCAGGAUAACAGAUUCGUCAAUGGUGUUCAGUUCAUCUACUCGCUCGCCAUUUUGUUGUCUACGCCACUACAGAUCUACCCUGCAAUCGAGAUUACCAGCCAGCAGUUGUUCAGCAGGACGGGCAAGUACAACCCGUACGUCAAGUGGAAGAAGAACUUCUUCCGCUUCUUCAUGGUCUUGGUGUGCGCUUGCCUUGCUUGGGCCGGUGCGGGUGACUUGGACAAGUUUGUCAGUCUGGUAGGAAGCUUUGCCUGCAUUCCGUUGGUCUUCAUUUAUCCUCCCAUGCUCCAUUACCGGGCUGUCGCGCGCACAACCACUGCGCGUGUAUUGGACGUACUGCUUUGCAUCAUCGGUGCAGUUGGCAUGGUAUAUACCACAACUCUCACUGUCCAGAGCUGGAUCCACGGAGGUGCUCCCAAGGCUCCCGGCUACUGUGACAGCCGGUAG